AUUCGAUUUUUUUUUCUCUUUUUCUUUUUUUCUUUUGGUGCCCUUGAUUUUAGUUUUCUACUUCCCUCGGCUUUAAGGUUUGUUUUGUGGUGGUGGUUUUAGAUUGAUUAUUGUUAUGGAGCUCGUAUAUGGGAGGUUUUUUGGCUGAUUGAUUUAUUUCUUUUUUAGAGGGCACCGUGAUUUAGUAGUUUGCUGAAGAGAUUGUAGAUGUUGGGGUUUUGAUGACGGGAAAGUAAUCUUGUUUGAUUCGGGGUGCUUGUGUGCUCUUUGGAAGGAGGGGUGCGGCGCAGAAUUGAAUCAAGUGGGCCGAUGGAAAAAGAGGUUUUGGUUCCGAUUAGGGAAAAUGUGGCUGAUGAAGCUUUAAUGUUCGAUCACAUAAAUAUGGAAACCAAAACUGAGGAGGAUGGAAUUGAUAUUCCAAAGAGCGAUGUUUAUGCUCCUGCAUCAGAGAAAGGCGAGGGAAGUAGUGUUGUAUUCUCUAGAGAAGGACCUCUUGUGAAGAAAGAGUCGGUUCUAGCCUUUGGUUGUAAUUCCAAUGAACAGAGUCCCAAAUCCAUGCUUGUUGUGACAGAUUAUAAGCAGGGAAAGAAGGGGAAGUCCGGUCAUGAAAAGAAACUUAGCAGACAAGACAGAUUCGAGUUGGGCCGGUUGUUUCAGGGUGCUGUAAGCUCACAUGAUUGGGAACUUGCAGACAGUUUGAUCGCGUUGGCAGAUCAUCAGACGCUUAAUGAUGCUUUGUGCAUCACCUUGGAUUCAAUCUGGUUUUUGAGCACCCAGCAAGAGCUUAAUGGAAUAACUGGGUUAAUUAAGAACAUCAUUGUGAGUGGAGCGUAUGAUUUUACAAGAGCAGCUCUAAGGACCUCAUUUCUGGCUUCGUGUGUCUCUGCCUGCCAGAGUCGAACAAUGAGUCUUGCGGAUACCGUAACUGUAAUGGCACAAAGGUUGCGUGAGCGUCUCCAAGAAUGCAAUGGAGAUGAGGUCUUAAAAGCAGAGGCUGGUACAAAGGUUCAAAAGUUUACCGAGUGGGCUCUGAAAUGCAUAGGUUUUCAUUCUGGGUGCCAAGGAAAUAAGGACCGAGUGACUCAGAGCUCGGCUGCCGAGAUCCAACUUCAGUUAUCUGCUUUCAAAAUGUUCCUAGAUUUUGCUGGCAAUCAACUUACUGGAAAAGAUUUCACGGAGGCCUUCGACGCUGCUUGUUUCCCACUCACUCUCUUUUCUAGUUCAUUUGAUCCUGGAUGGGCAACUGGAAUAUCAGCAACCGCAAUCCAAGGCUUAUUGUGUUUGCUGGUGGAGGGUGGCGCUGACAAUGUUAACCAGUGCUUCCUUGAAGCUUCUCGUUUUGGAAGCACAGAACUCGUGCGCAUUUUAUUACAGAUUGCUCAAAGGAACAGCUUGGACGUUGAUGUUGACCUGGCUUUGGGCUUUGCUUCUCACUACUGUAAGAUCGGUACAAUGGAGUGCUUGGUGGAAGAGGGUAACGCCAUAGCUUUUUUGGGUCCUUUGAUGAGAGCAGCUGAAAGGGGAUGUUUACCGGUUGUCGAGUGGUUUGUGAAAAGAGGUUGUCAGGACAUGGAACUCUGCCUCGCCCUAACAGCAGCCACAUCUAGCAGCCAAAUUAACGUCGCUGCGUAUCUUCUUCCCCACGUACCUCAACACGUGCUCGCUGCCCUCAGCAUUGAAAUUCUAAAGGCUGCUGGGGAACGGAGUAGUGGUUCUCUUGAUGGUGUGGAGUUUCUCCUGCAUUCCAACUUUCUUGGCGAUCCUUCUGCAACAUAUGCUGUUGCAGACAGUAUCUCGAAGUCGAGUGACGAGUCUGUUGCUCCGGAGCUUAGGGAGUUUCUUCGGGAGCAUUGGUCGGAGGCGGCUUACUUGGACGGGUUGAGACAAGGUCAAGAAAAUUACUUGAACUUUGUGCGGAUUUUGAGGUGGGGUGGAUCUCCAAUUUCGUUGAGGGAUAUUCCACCACCCUUGAGAGUUGCAAUAGCUUACCUACCGCUGUAUAGGGAAUGUGUAAAAGUGGAUGGAUACUUGUUUUCGCAAAAGCUGAGGGGGCAGCUGGUCGAAGCUGCUACGAGGCUUGGUGGUGGUGGUGGUGUGUUAGAAGAGGUAAGCAAAGGUAGGGAGCUCAUGGCUGUUUUGGAGCAUUAUCUUCCUCCAUUUUUGCUUCACAAGUUAAAUGCUACUUAGCAAGACUUUUCGUAUUGCAUCUUUCAUCGCCCUCCCGUUUAAAUGAUAAAUAAAAAAAGGAAACGAGAACGAAACAAUGAACGAGAUAGAGAAUGAGAAAGAUAGCACUGUGAAAUGUGUGGUCGAUAUUCAUUUUAACGGGAUAGCACGAAGCACUUGCGGUUUGCCUAUUUUUCUUUCUAGCCUUCGUGGUUGACUACCUGGCUACUUUCGAGAUAGGUGCACUAUUUCGAAUGGAUGGUUCGUCAUAUCUUAUGUUGACUCAUGCACAUGAUGCUAUGUAAUGUAAGACAUGGCGCAACCGUUAUUAGAAGGUUCAAUCCGAACGAUGUGUACAUUAUUGGUAUAUAUCAUCUUUUGUUCUCUGCUUAUGUGGAUUAAUGAUACAGAGGAAGCUUAAUAUUGGGUCAUUAGUAUUGACAACGUUCAUCAUGUACCUAGUGUACUUGUCUUGGAUUUGGUCGAAGCUAGUUCAGAGGCCAGUAAGAAUGUUUUGUUCUUUUUUA